GAACGCAAACGCGCCGUCAACCUUGGCCUAUGCCUCGGAAUCGGAGCCAGCUCUCCGCAACCGCAUCGCGAACUUGCACCCGAAAGCCUUUGUUUCCGAUGAUGCCAGGAAACACCUGCCCGGACAUGUUCUGAAGAAGGCUGCCAAUAGGAUCGCAAAGAUCCAGCCGGAUGCCUUCUUGCUCGAGCAGGUGCCCGACAUUGUCAAGCACAAGAAGUUCUUUGGCAACGUCUUGGCCAA